AUGGCAAGGUUCUCUGUUGCCGCCGUUGCGGCUCUCCUGAGCACCGCUUCCGCGUCCCUUGUCGCACGACAGACGGCUGCUGCCAGUACCACUGCCGCUGCAGCUUCGACUCCUACGGCCAUCUCGCAGUGUGCAGUCACCUCUUCUACCCAAAUCUGCAAGGCUGGCACGACUGAGUUCAGAGUUGCCUCCACCCCUACUGGCGCGUUGCCCAGCUCAUACACAGGAUGUCACCCGCACUUUUAUGCUAGAUACUGCUUCUACGAUGGCGGCGAGGUUCCUGUCUCGCCCGUUAACGCCCCUGCUGCCACAGCCGCAGCAACGACUACUCAUGCUGAGGCGGGCGCCGCCACUGGUGCCCCUACCGCCGUAUCAGACUGCCAUCUCCAUGGCACGAGUGUCUUUUGCAUGUGGGGUACCUCCGAGUAUCAGGUCAUGACCACGCCCACCAACACGGCCGCUUCCGCUAUCCCUACCGCCUUUACUGGCUGUCACGCUCAUGGUUCUGACACUUACUGUCUUGCCCCGAACGGUGACGAUGUUCAGAUCGUGGCCGAGGGCGCCACGUCCUCCGACUCCGGAUCUGGCCACGGCGAGGAACCCCAAGGAGAGAACUGCCACUUCCACGCUGGUGUUGAGCACUGUGUUGGUGCUGGUGAAAGCGAGAGCGGGGGUACGAGAAACUGCGCAAAGGUUGCUCGCGACUACAACAUUCCCCUUCGAAUCGGUCUUCUCUUCGUCAUUCUCGUCACCAGUGCUUUCGGUGUCUACUUCCCCAUCCUUAUGAUCAAGUGGAUGCCUACCAAGACGCACACAGUAUUCCUCAUCCUUAAGCAGUUCGGUACCGGUAUCAUUAUCUCUACCGCCUUCGUUCACCUGUACACCCACGCUCAGCUUAUGUUUGCCAACGAGUGCUUGGGCGAGCUUGGAUACGAGGGAACCACGUCUGCUAUCGUCAUGGCUGGUAUCUUCCUUUCCUUCCUUGUUGAGUACUUGGGAAAGCGUUUUGUGAUGGCCAAGGUUGCUGCCAAUCCUACUGCUGUGUCCCGCCUGUCUCCCGAGACCGUCACUGUUUUGGUUCUCGAGUGCGGAAUCAUCUUCCACUCCAUCCUCAUUGGUAUCACCCUUGUUGUUGCUGGAGACAGCUUCUUCAUCACUCUGUUCAUCGUCAUCCUCUUCCACCAAAUGUUUGAGGGUAUCGCUCUCGGAACCCGUAUCGCCCAGCUCGGCGAGCGUUCCCCCGAAAUGACCCAACGCCCCGCCGCUCCCACCGAAGUUGAACAGACCUCUUCCGCUCCCGACAGCCUGAACUCCCUCAAGGCGCCUACCUUCUCCCUCGUUAAGAAGCUCCUUCUCGCUUCUCCCUUUGCUGUUGUCACUCCCAUCGGCAUGGCUAUCGGCAUUGGCGUCCUGCAGCAAUUCAACGGUAACGACCGUAGCACCAUCCUUGCUAUUGGAACUCUUGACGCCGUGUCUGCCGGUAUUCUCGUCUGGGUCGGUGUGGUGGAGAUGUGGGCUGAGGACUGGAUGCACGGCGAUGCUGAGCUCCUCCGCACUAGCCCCAUUGUCACUUUCCUCGCUGGUUUCGGCCUGAUUUCUGGCAUGAUCAUCAUGAGCGUGCUCGGCAAGUGGGCUUGA